AUGACUGAUCAUGCACACUGUAGCCGUGGUCACAGCCUGCUGAGAAAAGUCUCAACACUGAUUGCUGAGAAAUUCUCUCACUGUCUGAGACUGUCCAGUGUUGACACUGUCCUUUGCAGAAUCUCCACUGAUUGCCACCAUAAUACCCAGAUUUUACCAAUCCUUGAUGCUGAAAAUGAAAGAACAGUGAAUAGCACGGUUACAACUCCACUCAACACCCUUAAUCAUUCCAAGGAAAAUUCUAGCACACUCAGAAGUUUCAAAGAUCUGGAAGCAAACCUGGAGGUGCAAGCUGGAUUCAGCCAGGCCCAGGCUGAUCAUGCGCCUCAUGGAGAAGCAGACUCUGCUUCUAGAAAGGCUGCAAGCAACGCGAAUGAGGGGGACGAGGCACCUCCAACCUGCCGUGUAUGUGGGGACAAGGCCACUGGCUAUCACUUUAAUGUCAUGACAUGUGAAGGAUGCAAGGGCUUUUUCAGGCGGGCCAUGAAGCGUAAUGCCAAAUUGAGGUGCCCCUUCCCGAAGGGCCGCUGUGAGAUCACGCGGAAGACAAGGCGCCAGUGUCAGGCCUGUCGUCUGCGCAAGUGCCUGGAGUGCGGGAUGAAGAAGGAGCUGAUCAUGUCAGAUGCAGCGGUGGAACAGAGACGCGCUUUGAUCAGAAGCAGGAAGAGCGAGGUGGGACCCGGCAGGCCUCCCACAGAACUUUCGGAAGAACAGCAGACCAUGAUCAGGGAGCUGAUGGAUGCCCAGGCCAGAACCUUUGACAUCACCUUCUCCCAUUUCAAAAAUUUUCGGCUGCCCGAGGGGCUGAGUAGUGGCCAGGAGAUUCCAGGGCCCCAGCAGGCACCUUCAGUGGAAGAGGCAGCCAAAUUGAGCCAGAUCCAGGAAUACCUGUGUCCCGUGAAGCUGUCCUUGCAACUGCAGGGGGAAGAUGGCAGCAUCUGGAACUACAAACCCCCAGCGGACAGCAAUGGGAAAGGAAUCUUCUCCCUCCUUCCUCACAUGGCUGACUUAUCCACUUACAUGUUCAAAGGCAUCAUCAACUUUGCCAAAGUCAUUUCCCAUUUCAGGAACUUGUCCAUUGAGGAUCAGAUCUCCCUGCUCAAGGGGGCAACCUUUGAGCUGUACCAAUUGAGAUUCAACACAGUGUUCAAUGCUGAGAAGGGGACGUGGGAGUGUGGCCGACUGUCCUACUGCCUGGAAGACCCAGCAGGGGGCUUCCAGCAGCUUCUUUUGGAACCAGUGCUGAAAUUCCAUUACAUGUUGAAGAAGCUGCAGCUGCAUAAGGAGGAAUAUGUGUUGAUGCAGGCCAUCGUCCUGUUCUCCCCAGAUCGCCCAGGGGUGGUGCAGUGGCAAGUGGUGGACCAGCUGCAGGAGCGCUUUGCUGUGGCCCUGCAGACUUACAUUGAGUGCAGGAGGCCACAGCCUGCCCACAGGUUCCUGUUCCUGAAGAUCAUGGCCAUGCUCACUGAGCUUCGCAGUAUCACUGCACAGCACACCCAGCGGCUGCUGCGCAUCCAGGAUAUACACCCUUUUGCCACACCUCUCAUGCAGGAGAUAUUCAGCAUCACCGAAGGCUGAUGAGAAUCU